AUGCGUAAAACAAUACGUACCAUCCGCAUCCUCGGGCUCGUCUUCGAUGGCUUCGCAACUCAGACUCCACUGCCCCAGACCGUCAAAGAGCUCGAAGUGUUGCUCGCAGCAAGAGCUACCCUCGUCGCAUGGCGCAACCGCCGCUGGCCAGAUGUCCUCACUACCUACGCUAAACCCAACGGUCGUGCACUCCUGCCCACCCACGAAAUGCAGCAUCUCUGGCAAACCAUCAACAUCCUCUUCUUCGGCGGACCCAUCCCAGGCAUAUCCUUCCGCUGGAAGAAGAUCAAACAUAGCGUCCUAGGCCGCACAACCACCUCCCUCUCUGGCAACCCAGUCAUUAGCAUGCAUCCCGCCCGCACAGCGCACGACUUCGGCGACUACGCCAUUUUAGACUUCCUGUCUACGCUCGUGCACGAAAUCAUACACGCGUUCUUGCAGUACUAUCCGUGCUGGUUGUGUCGCUCUUGGGCUAGGGAUUACACUGCGGGGGGGCAUGGAAGGCUUUUCCAGAUACUGGCGAGGAAGAUGGAGGAGGUAUUUCCUAGGUUACUGGGUGUGCCGGUGAGGUUGGGGCGGUUUGAGAGUUUGUUGGGCGAUUUGGGGGUUAGGGAGAGGGAGGGAGGUUGA